AAGCUGGCCAGCUCUCUCUCUCUCUCUCUCUCUCUCUCUCUCUUUCUCUCUCUACAGAACUUCAUUUGAAGAAAAGCUGAAGAGAGCUCUGUCGUUCAGGCAUCUCAGCCCCGCCUGUACAAUUCUUGUCCCAUUUGAGGAGAAAGCUUUUUCCCAUCUCCGGAAAGGCGACAUGACGCACGAGGAAGGUGAAAAAAAACUUGGGCGCAUGAUUAAAGGAACAGAAGGGACCCGAGGAAACGCGCGGGGAAGGUCGAAAAGGCAUGUGAGGAAAGCAGACAACAGCGCGGAAGAGGAAGAAGAAGAAGGCCGAGCGGCGUCGUCGUUGUCGCCGAGAGGAGUGCUGGAGAUCCCCAUCGCGGGUUCAGAGUCCGACCACAGCGUCAGCAGCACCUGCAGCUUGUCCCCGCGAGAGAAUCAGGGCCGCGGGUCGUCGUCGUCGUCGUCGUCGAACUGGAAGAAGGUGAUGGACACGUUGCGGCAGAUGAAAUCUACGAGGUGGUCGUCGCCGCCGCCGCCGCCUGUAGUGGCGGGGCACGGCCGCGUCUCGAAGCGGGAGGCCAAGAGGUUGGCGAGGAUCCGGAGCGCCGACGACGAGGGUGGAGCGGCCGCCGCCGCCGCCGCCGGCGUGCCGAGGACGCGAAAGCCGUCGUGGAGGAACUUCGACUACUCGGAACUCGCCGCCGCCACUGACGAUUUCAGCCCUGAGAAUUUGAUUGGGAAAGGCGGGCACGCGGAGGUGUACAGAGGUCGCCUCCCGGACGGGCAAACGGUGGCCGUGAAGAGGCUGGGGAAAAAGGAGAAGGACGAAGUGGAUAGGAUUGGCGACUUCCUGUCGGAGCUCGGUAUCGUGGCGCACGUCAAUCAUCCGAACACGGCGCGGCUGCUCGGGUUCGGCAUUGAGGGCGGAUUGUACUUUGUCCUCCGGUUCUCUCCGAAUGGCAGCCUCGCUUCACUUCUGCAUGGUUCGACGGGGGUUGUGGAUUGGACGACCAGGUUCAAAAUAGCGGUCGGCGUUGCGGAAGGACUGCAGUAUCUCCACCACCAUUGCCCGAGGCGCAUCAUUCACCGAGACAUCAAAGCCUCAAACAUAUUACUAAACGAAGACUACGAGCCUCAGAUUUCUGAUUUUGGGUUAGCGAAGUGGCUUCCGGAGAAAUGGGUUCAUCACGUCAUCUUUCCGAUUGAAGGCACAAUCGGGUACCUCGCUCCCGAAUACUUCAUGCACGGAAUUGUCGACGAAAAGACCGAUGUCUUUGCCUUUGGGGUUCUGUUGCUCGAGCUCAUGACAGGUCGCCGUGCUGUUGAUUCGUGCCGACAAAGCCUCGUGAUGUGGGCAAAGCCACUCCUGGAUGCAAAUAACAUAACAGACUUGGUCGAUCCUCGACUAGGAGAAGCAUAUGAUGAAGUUGAAAUGAAGAGGGCAUUAUUAACAGCUUCAAUGUGCAUCCACCAUCUGUCCACGAUGCGACCGAGCAUGAAUCAGGUUGUGAAGAUUCUGAGGGGUGAGGAUGGAACUUUGGAGUGGAAACAUGCGUCGGUCUCGAGUAGGACGCUCCUCCUCAACGCUUGCGAUGCGGAGGACUACAGCUGCGCAACCUACCUUGACGACCUCAAUCGCCACAUGCAGCUCGUGUUGGAGUGAACGCACUCGGUUUCCCCGCCGGUGCUCCUGCUGGUGAUGUCCUGCUGUCUGAAGGAAGGGACAAAGUCUCAAGAGGAACUAUGCAAUGAUCUGCAUUUUUAUGUUGAGGGAGAAAGUAUAAUGCUAUUGAUGCGUGAUGUAUUAGUGUAUGUAUUCUGUACUAUCAUCCCUUUCAGUUGACGCAAAGCAUGGCCACUUUGCAGCUUUGUGACGGUUCCACGAGGCUAAAUCCAUGGCCCUAACUUCAUGAUUUUUGUCCGCCGCGAUAAAUGGGUUAAGACGAAAACAACCUAAGAGGAGGGUGAACCAGUUGUCUAAGGAAACUCGAAACAUUUUUGUAUAGAUUGCCAGAUACCCUGCAUAACGUGCAUUGGUGUUGUGGAAACAAUCGGGUGUAUGCAGAAACAAUUAUCUUCCAUCUAUCAACAGAAUAUGAAGGGUUUGAAGAA